AUGUUUCGAUUACGUUCUUUUGACAAUGAAUCUUCUAUCGUAAACAUAAAAGAUAAUGAAUCUUCUAUCGUAAACACAAAAGACAAUGAAUCUUCCAUCGUAAACGCAAAGGACAAUGAAUCUUCCACUGUAAACAUAAAAGGCAAUGAGGAACGAACUAGACAUCAAAAAACGUCAGUAACAACGAAAGAGUCGGUGACAGUAGAAUCAAACUAUCUUAGCUCUUUCCUUAAGACGGAUCCAUAUGACUAUCCAAUACCGAGAAGAGCACACAUGGAAUGUCAAUCAUAUCACGAAAAAAACAAUGUUACAUUUGAUCAACUCUGGAGUUACCCACCUACAAAAGUGCUAGUUGGAAUAUUUACAACGGCGAAUACAUUUGAACGACGACAACUUCUGCGGACACUCUACAAAGCGGCACAGACAGAACUAAAAGAUGACUGGGUGGAUUUCAAGUUUAUCAUUGGGAGACCAAAACCGGAUCAAGACAGUCCAUUGCUUCAGCUCAAACUAAAAGUUGAGCAAGCAGCAUUUAAGGAUGUAGUGAUGUUGGAUAUUGUUGAGAAUUUAAAUGAGGGAAAAAUUUAUGAAUAUUUUCGAUGGGCAGGAUUAACGUACAAUGAGAAUAACACUGUCGAACAAUAUGAUUAUAUAGCGAAAGCAGACGACGAUGCAUAUGUACAUUUUCAGAAUCUCGCGUUAAACUUACGACCAUUAUCUCGCGAGAAACUUUACUACGGAUAUUACAUACCUGUUCAUGAAAAAUUUGGAUUCAUGACCGGAAUGUUAGAAGUUUUAUCUAUUGAUCACGUUCGGUGGGUUUCCACCGCUGAUAUACCCGAAAAAUCGAUUAUUGGACCUGAGGAUGCGAUGGUCGCACAAUGGCUCGAACUUGGUGGUUGGAAAUUUGUGAAUUGGAUACAUGAAAACUGUUUGUUGUAUGAGGAUCCGAGAAGCAAUGCGAAUCCAUGGUGUUGGCGACCUUGGGCUUCACCGCAUACAAUUGUAUUUCAUGGAAUGAAAGUUGAUUGGAAAUGGGACGCGAAGGAUAACACGACAGUUAUCCUUACUAACAGUAUUAACAAUGAGGAUGGUAAUGAGAAAUAG